UGAGUCUUGAUUAUUUUCUCCCUUCAUUUGCACAUUACUAGAAGAUUAAAGAAGUAGACCAAGCAAAAAAAAAAAAAAAAUCAGUAUGAAGACAGAGACUUACGACCUCGUAUGCUUGACACUAGUGAUCUCUCUGUUCAUCCAUGGCGUCUCAUCAGCAAGAAAACCUCAAGAUCCAUGUAACAGACUAUGCGGAGGACUAUCAAUCCCAUUCCCGUUCGGUAUCGGUGGGAAAGACUGCUACCUAAACCCGUGGUACGAGGUUGUCUGCAACAGCAACUCUGUUCCGUUCCUCUCAAAGAUCAACAGAGAGUUAGUAAAAAUCUCUCUUCCAAACGAUAGAGAUUACUAUUCUUAUGGAGUUGUUCACAUCAAAGGUCCCAUAACUUCUUCUGGCUGCUCUAACGGAACAUCUCAACCGCUUACACCGCCGCCUUUAAACGUCGCCGGUCAAGGAAGCCCUUAUUUCUUCACGGACAAGAACCAUCUCGUGGCGGUUGGUUGCAACGCCAAAGCGGUUAUGACAGAUAUCAAAUCUCAGAUCAUCGGUUGUAAAUCGAGCUGUAACGAGAGAAAUAGUAGCCAAGAAGUGAGAAACAAGAUUUGCAAUGGUGACAAAUGUUGUCAGACGAGGAUACCAGAAGGGACGCCACAAGUGAUUGGAGUUACUUUAGAGAUCUCUCAAGGUAAUAAUACAAGAGAAGAAGGAUGCAAAGUUGCUUUUCUGACGAGCGAGAAGUAUUCUAGUUUAAACGUUACAGAGCCUAAACAGUUUCAUGGUGAUGGCUACGCGGUGGUAGAGCUAGGAUGGUACUUUGAUACUUCGGAUCCUCGUGUUCCAAGACCUGUAGGCUGUAAAAACGUGUCAGAUGUAUCACAAGAUGGUGGCUACUCGAGAGAGACGAGUUGCCUUUGCUCGUAUGGCUACUUUUCUGGAUUAAGCUAUAGAAAUUGCUAUUGUAACUCAAUGGGUUACACAGGGAAUCCUUUCCUUCCUGGUGGUUGUGUUGACAUUGAUGAAUGUAAACUAGAAGAAGGACGCAAAAAGUGUAAAGAGUCCCAAAGUUGUGUGAAUAGGCCUGGUUGGUUUGAAUGUGAGCCCAAGAAACCAGAACAACUCAAGCCAGUGAUUCAAGGUGUUCUCAUAGGUUCGGCGCUACUGAUUUUCGCCUUUGGAGUUUUCGGUUUGUACAAGCUGGUUAAGAAGCGAAGGAGGAUCAUACGAAUGAAAAAGUUCUUCAGACGUAACGGAGGUAUGUUGCUGAAACAACAGUUAGCUAGAAACGAAGGCAAUGUAGAGAUGUCAAGGAUAUUUAGCUCCAAUGAGUUGGAGAAAGCUACUGAUAACUUCAACAAGAAUCGGAUUCUUGGGCAAGGAGGUCAGGGGACUGUGUAUAAAGGUAUGCUCGUUGACGGUACAAUCGUCGCUGUGAAGAGAUCCAAAGCAAUGGAUGAAGACAAGGUAGAAGAGUUCAUCAAUGAAGUCGUUGUUCUCGCACAAAUCAACCACAGAAACAUUGUGAAACUCUUGGGAUGUUGUCUAGAGACAGAAGUUCCUGUCUUGGUUUAUGAGUUUGUACCAAAUGGAGACUUAUGCAAGCGUCUUGACGAUGAAUCUGAUUAUUUGAAGAUGACUUGGGAAGUGCGUCUUCACAUAGCUAUAGAUAUUGCAGGAGCUUUGUCAUAUCUGCACUCUGCUGCAUCUUUCCCUAUAUAUCACAGAGAUAUCAAGACUACUAAUAUACUAUUAGAUGAGAAAUAUAGAGUUAAGGUGUCGGAUUUUGGAACUUCGAGAUCAGUAACCAUAGAUCAAACUCACUUGACGACUCAGGUUGCUGGUACUUUUGGAUAUGUGGAUCCAGAGUAUUUUCAAUCAAGCAAGUUUACAGAGAAAAGUGAUGUUUAUAGUUUUGGAAUUGUUCUUGUGGAGCUUUUGACUGGAGAGAAGCCGUCCUCUCGUGUCUUGUCUGAUGACAACAGAGGGUUUGCAGCUCACUUUGUUAAGGCUGUGAAAGAGAACACGUUUGUUAACAUAGUUGAUGUUCGGAUGAAAGAUGAAAGUAAUCUGGAACAAGUGAUGGCAGUGGCGAAACUAGCUAGAAGAUGUUUAAAUAGACAAGGGAAGAAGAGGCCAAACAUGAGAGAGGCUUGGAUUGAGCUGGAGAGGAUUCGUUCAUCAUCUCAUGAUUCAGAGGUUAAUAUAGAGGAAGAGGAUGAUGAUGAAGAGGAUGAAGCUAUGCAGUUUAACGUUGAUGAGAGUUGGGAAGUUGAGGUGACUGCUCCAGCCUCCAUGUUUAAUAAUGCAUCUCCAACGUCUGAUGUUGAGCCUCUGGUUCCUUUACGAACGUGGUGAUGAUCCGCUUAAAACACUGCAAAAUGUAUAUUUACUCUCAUGAUGGAAAAAAAUAAAUGUUUGAUUUAGAUUACGAAUCUCUUGUUUUCAUCAUGUAAACAAAUAUUUUCAUAUUGUAUUAAGG